GGUUUGCGUCGCGGCUGAUAUUCCCUCGCUGUUAGCACGCGCGCUUCUUCGUCGGGAAUCUCUAGCGGGGCCAGAAAGCAGCCGGAGCUUUUUCUCAAACCGUCGCGCGUAUUAGUCACGAGUCACCCAACUCGUCGUCGUGCACGCUCCUCGCAUAAACGCGGUUCUCGCAUAGGAGAAAAAUCGUGCUACGUCGGGUGGUGUUCGAAAUACCGGGGGGGGAAAAAAAAAAGGAAAAAAACAAAACAAAAAAACAGAAACAAUCGCAAAAAACGGGGAUCUAGAAAGCGAGGAAAUUUCGGGGAAAAUGGAAAACUGAACUGAAGGGAAAUAUCGAAAAGGAAAAGCGUGUCAAAGUCACCGGGGCAAACGUGGAUCAGGCCCUGAGUUCGAAGCUCGAAAAGCUCGGACGACCGAAAAGCAAAACAAAAAAGGAAACCGGUGAAUUUUCGUAAAAACUAGGGAAAAUAAGGAGAGUGGCCUCGAAGUAAACGAGGAUAACGAUGAACGCGAGCCCUGGAGGAUUAAAAAAAAUCCUUCGGAGUUCGGUUUCCGGUAAAAUGGGGAGUCGAGAAUCAACGUGAGUUCGCGGAUUUGAAAAAAACGGGGGGGGAGGAGGAAGAAGAAGUUGAAAAACUUUCUGGGCCCAGUGUUGAUAUUUGGGGUGCAAAAAAAAAACAAAAAAAAUACGUGACAAAUCAACGAACCUUGGCUAAACAAAACGCAGAUCAAACGGGGACGAAUUGACGUAAUCGCCCGUCGAAAUUGUCCCUCUCGUAAAGUUACGUGCGAUGUAACCACCUUGUAAUGUAGAUACGAAGUGAAGUUGACCGCAUAGGGGUUUUGUGCGGGUUGUGCGUGAAAUCGUACGGGGAGAAUGUAUUGUGGUCUGUUUUUCGUGUCGUUCUAAGUGCGCGUCGUUUUGUUUUUGUUUUGUUUUGUUUUUUUUUUUUUUCUCUCCAUCGCUCAAGCUUCGACUCCGGAGGAAAACGGAGGGGCACGGCUUACGCGAAGAGAAAAGGAAUCGCCGAACAAUAACCUUUGAGUUUCUCGUACACGGGAACUGCUCUGCUGUAUUGAUUGAAUUCCGGGGCGCCAAAGAGGAUGUAAACCGAUGGUUAUAAUAAUCGAGGAACGUCGAGGUGACGGUGAUAUUCCCCAGAAAAAAAUUCGAACGGAAACGAAUCGGGGAAGAAGAAGAAAAAAUAUCGUACACGCCAUGUGCCGUGCGACACUCGUGAGAUGAUCACCUAGAACCGUGUGCGCCCACCCGAAUAUGAAAACGCAGGGGAAAACGUAACGCGGGUUCGAGAAAGAAAGAAAGAAACAAACAAAAAAAAAGAGGAGGCGAAAAAAGGACAUUGAGAAACGGGACGAACCCCGAGGUCACCGUUUCAAGGGAGUGGUAUCUGAUACGCUGCGACUUGAAACGCCGACAAAAAAAUCCUCAAAAUUGUCACACGGGGAUAAAGACGCUCUCAACUCUCAAGUUUUGCCUCGGUUGAAUUGAUCGCGUGCCUCGAAAAAACAAAAAAACAAAAAAACAAAAACAAAAAAUAACGAAAAAACUGAGGGAGAGAAAAAAAAAAGAGGAUAUCAAAGAACGUUCAAUGCCAAGCGGACCGUCGGUUUUUGAUCGUACGUAAAUAUUUGCGAACACUCUUCGGAAUGUAGAGCGAAAAGAAACGAGGCGAGGAGAAAAAAAAAAAAAAAUAAAAACAAACAAGCGAACUUGAAAAAGCGAGCGGAAAUGACGCGCGGUUGUCUUUUCAUAAUUUUCCCAUCUCGUUUUCAGACGUUGAAAAAUGAUUGUGAAAUUGUCACGAGGACGCGCUUUCACUCAAAGACUUUGUAGAUGAGGAUCGCGUCUCGCCCGUACGUGCGUUCGUGAUAACGAGGUGAUAAAAAAAGAAGAAAAACGGGAGAGCCGAAGGAUGGAGUAAAAUAAAAUAACAAAAAAAAAAAAUAAGAAGAAAAACAAAAAAAACAACGGAGCAUCGGCUAAUUUUCGACAUGUCCGAAGCCGUUCGGACGUCGUGUCCGUUUGGAUCGUCGGGAUUUGUUGAUUGUUUCGCGAAAUGCGAACGAGCGAUUGAAGGUACCGCCCGCGGAAGGUGUUAACCCUCCGUCCCGGGCCGCGGACGAUCGGGACGAUUAGAUUUUCCCUAACAAAUUCAAGUGGCAGGUUGCGACAGUUUGUCAAAAAUUGAAGGAGUCAGUUAGCGAUGGCAUCGGUUGCCGCAUGGUUGCCGUUCGCUCGCGCAGCGGCAAUAGGAUGGGUACCGAUCGCUACUCACCCCUUACCUCCGCCGCCUAUACCGAAGGAUCGCCGGAAAGCCGACGACGAAAAACUCCUGAUAAACGUCAGCGGUCGUAGGUUCGAAACGUGGCGGAACACCCUCGAGAAGUAUCCGGACACGUUGCUGGGCUCGAACGAGAGGGAAUUCUUCUACGACGAGGACACCAAGGAGUACUUCUUCGACCGCGAUCCGGACAUAUUCCGGCACAUUCUGAAUUACUACAGAACCGGCAAACUGCAUUACCCGAAGCACGAGUGUCUGACCAGCUACGACGAGGAAUUGGCGUUCUUCGGCAUACUGCCGGACGUUAUCGGCGAUUGUUGCUACGAGGACUACAGGGACAGGAAACGCGAGAACGCCGAGAGACUGAUGGACGAUAAAUUGAGUGAAAACGGUGAUCAGAACUUGCAGCAGCUGACCAAUUUGAGGCAAAAAAUGUGGCGGGCCUUCGAGAAUCCGCACACGUCGACGGCCGCGUUGGUUUUCUAUUACGUUACCGGUUUCUUUAUAGCCGUGAGCGUGAUGGCGAACGUCGUGGAAACCGUGCCCUGCGGUCACAGGCCGGGUCGCGCCGGUACACUGCCUUGCGGCGAACGUUACAAAAUCGUGUUCUUCUGCCUGGACACCGCCUGCGUGAUGAUAUUCACCAUGGAGUAUUUGUUCCGGCUGUUCGCCGCCCCGGAUCGUUUCAAGUUCGUCAGAUCCGUGAUGUCGAUAAUCGACGUGGUAGCUAUAUUGCCGUAUUACAUCGGGCUAGGUAUAACCGAUAACGACGACGUUUCCGGUGCUUUCGUGACACUGCGAGUGUUCAGGGUGUUCAGAAUCUUCAAAUUUUCCCGCCACUCCCAGGGACUCCGUAUUCUCGGUUACACCCUGAAAUCGUGUGCCUCUGAACUCGGUUUUUUGGUGUUCUCCUUGGCCAUGGCGAUCAUCAUAUUCGCCACGGUGAUGUUCUACGCCGAGAAGAACGUCGACGGUACGAACUUCACGUCGAUUCCCGCCGCCUUCUGGUACACCAUCGUCACCAUGACGACCCUCGGGUACGGUGACAUGGUACCGGAAACGAUCGCUGGGAAAAUCGUAGGAGGAGUCUGCUCCCUCAGCGGAGUAUUGGUCAUAGCCUUACCUGUACCCGUUAUCGUGAGCAACUUCAGCCGCAUUUACCAUCAGAAUCAACGUGCCGAUAAGAGGAAAGCGCAGAGGAAAGCGAGAUUGGCCAGGAUCCGAAUCGCCAAGGCGUCGAGCGGCGCGGCGUUCGUCAGCAAAAAGAAGGCGGCCGAGGCGCGACUCGCCGCCCAAGAGAGCGGUCUGGAUCUGGACGAGCAUUACAGAGAGGAGGACAUCUUCGAGCUGCAGCAUCAUCACCUUCUGAGAUGUCUGGAGAAGACAACGGAUCGCGAGUUCGUGGAAAUGGAGGUGCCCUUCAACGGGGCCCCGAAGAGGCCGGGUUCACCGUCGCCUCUGACCUCGCCCGUUCACAGCACGGCGUCCCACGGCGGGCUGUUUCGCUCUUGUUGCGGGAGGUGUUACCCACAGAGAUAUCAGGACCGUCGUGUGUCACCUGAGGAUGGAAGAACUGAUGGUCUUAGCUUGUCGUACCGGAUCGCGUCCAACACGAGCAAGGACAGAGUGGUCCUCGUUUACGGCGACCGUAUACAAGUCCGGAAAAAGGAUCUUAAGAAGCGCGGUUCUCACACCUGUGAUAUGCAGGCCCUACAACCACUUCCGGUUCCCACAACCACACAUACCGCAACUUGUACCGGAAUCGGAACCGCUGCCGGAACCGUCCCAGCUUUAACUUCCGGCUGUCAAACUUCGAUUUCUGAACCCGCCUGAACAAUCCCAUCUGCAAUCUCAAAAUCAACGAUAUUUAGUCGCGUCGGAACCUCGCGAUGAUAAAGAACGAAUAACACACACGUAAACAAAGCGCUGGAGGAUCCGAACGACGUGACAAAAAAAAAAAUGAAAAAAUGAGAAAAAAAAAACACCACGGCAAGAAAGAUCGAUUGAGAAAAAUGUGGAGUUAGAUUGUUGACGACGAGAGAAUAUGUGCAACGCGAACUUCGCUUACGUCGAAACGAAUAGAAAAAAAAUUUCUGAUAAACGAGAGACUAGCGCAAGGGGUCUGGUCGAGAUUUUCAAAUUACAAACUCGAAGGGUCGCUUAUCAUUUUUAGUACCGCUAUGAUUUCGCACUGUCGUUUGGGGGCCACGUGAUUUUUUGCCAAUCGGAAACAAUUUGAAAUUUUUUUUCAUUCGGCAGAGAAAUUUCCGAGUACAGAAGAAGAUCAGAAAUAAUAAAAAUUCACGAUUAUGUUAAUUCAAAGACGAAAAAAAUACUCGAAUACUUUUUAAUUGCAGUCUUUAACGGCCGACAAAUUAUUUUCGCGCAAUAGACUGCUGAGACCUACAUUUCAAUUACUUCCAGUAAAAUUUUCUGUGCAACUCACACUCACAGUUAUUCGAGGUAUGAUUGAAUCACGUGGUGUCUGACGGAUUCGAUUCAAUCGUUAAUUUCAAUCGCUGUCGUUUGUUUCAAUCACACGGAUAUGUGACAAAUGAAUUGAAUGUAUGUUGCGGUUUUUUAUGGCUGAAACUACACGUUUACGAUAGAUAUCAAAAUGGCGGUGCAGGGGAGACAACGAGGAAUAGGUGACAAUCGAGUCCGCAGUUUCGUCCUGAUUCCUUUUCCCUUACCAAUCCAAUAAUAAAAAUGAAAAAAAAAAAAAAACAAAUUAAUAAAACAGAUUAAAAGAAAAAAUAGAAAUCGAUAGAAAAUAGGAAUGCCAGGAGGAUUGUUCGAUUUCCACUAUAACGCCACUCCUUGCGUACAUUAUAUGCAUCUAUAAAUACUUUCGUAGUUGGUAGAAGCGUUCGUCUUCGUUUCUUUUUUUUUUUUUUGAUUUGCACUUUCUCUUUAUUUUCUUUCAUUUGCUUUUUUCUUCUUCUCUUCUCUUCUCGACCAUUGCGGGAAUAUUUUAAGGGACCAGGGAGACUUUGAAAGGGAGAAAGACUCGCGGGAGUGUUGGAUAUAAAAGAAAGUCGGUAAUUGUGGACCGAGGACAAUAAAAAAAAAAAUAAAAAAAUAUGGAAAAAAAACGACACCAAAAAAAAAAAAAAAAAAAACACCGAGAUGAUAUCGAUCAGAUGAGGAGAUACCGUAUACCUUUACCCGUAACGCAGGUAUUUUUAGGGUGAAUAUUUUUUGUUUUCGCAAACGCAAAACGCAAAAAGGAAAAAAAAGAUCGUUGGGUGGCGAGAUUUUUUUUUUUAUAUUUCUCACAGCGCAGAAAAUAAAUAUCUUGGGAAAAAUCUGCGUGUAAUGAAAUACAUAUGUCUGCACAUAUGUAUAACAUAUAUAUGUAUAUAUUCAAAAUCGAAUAUUCGACUGCCAGUUACACAUAUACACAUACAUACAUCAAUUUAUGUAUCGUGAAUUAGUUAGUUUUCUUUUUUUCUCUUGCAAAAGCAGCAUAAUAUCCCUAAUUUUUGGAUUUCUUUCGGCCGGUUUCUGCUUGACUUUCCUAAAACAUU